GCAGAGAGGUACAGCAAGGCACACCCUAUUUUCUGUAUCAGGCCUUAUUCCUGUACACUGGAGCAAUGUCAAUUGCCAUGGCAAUGAAGAAAACAUCAUGCUGUGUGAAAAAACUACUUGGCAAGGUCGAAUGUGUCCCCAGAAUAUGGCAGCUGCUGUCACGUGCAGCUUUUCCCAUGCCUCUGAUUUUAUUCCAAUCCGGCUGGUGGAUGGGAGGAGCACUUAUGAAGGAAGAGUUGAAGUCUACCAUGCUGGCCAAUGGGGAACUAUCUGUGAUGACCAGUGGGAUGAUGCUGAUGCUGAGGUAGUCUGCAGGCAGCUUGGCUUUGGUGGAGUUGCCAAGUCAUGGAGCGAGGCUCAUUUUGGAGAGGGCUCAGGUCCUGUGCUACUGGAUGAAGUACGUUGUACAGGAAAUGAGUUGUCUAUAGAACAGUGCCUAAAGAGUUCCUGGCAAGAACACAACUGUGGCCAUAAAGAAGAUGCAGGGGUUUCAUGCACACCUCUGGCAGAUGGUGCAGUUCGACUAGUUGCUGGAAAAAGCAAUCAUGAGGGACGACUGGAGGUGCUUUAUAAUGGGCAAUGGGGCACAGUCUGUGAUGAUGGAUGGACUGAAUGGAAUACGCAGGUGGUUUGUCGACAACUGGGCUUUAAGAAUGGGAAAAUUGUUUCAGAACGCUUCUUAGAAGAAAAUACAGGACCCAUCUGGCUGGAUGACAUUACCUGCUCUGGAAAAGAGUUUAACAUUCUACAAUGUUCUAAGGGGGACUGGGGACAGCAUGAUUGCAGCCACCAGGAAGAUAUUAGUAUAAAUUGCUAUCGACAUAAUGACAGCCACAAAGCCUUGUUAGAGGUUUAUCACGAGCAAGGACUAUGGCAUAUUUUGGGGAAGGAAAAGGUCCCAUUCAUGUGGAUAAUGUGAAAUGCACAGGAAAUGAAAGAUCCCUUGCUGAUUGCAUUAAACAGGAUAUUGGCAAACAUAAUUGUCGUCACAGUGAAGAUGCUGGUGUCAUCUGUGACUAUCUUAUCAAGAAAUCAUCCAGUAGUAAAGAUUCUCUUGCUUCAGUAUGUGGUUUAAGAAUAUUGCAUCGUCGCCAAAAAAGGAUUAUUGGUGGAAAAAACUCCUUAAGGGGUGGUUGGCCCUGGCAAAUAGCAUUGCGCAUUAAAUCAUCCCAUGGAGAUGGAAGACUUCUAUGUGGUGCCACUCUUAUCAGCAGUUGCUGGGUGCUUACUGCAGCACAUUGUUUUAAGAG